CACACACACACACACACAAACACCCACACACACACAUACACACGUGUACCGACUCCCUCCUCUGCUGGAGUGGCAGGCUGCCGGGUGCUGGCAGCCGGUGUGUGUGUGUGUGUGUGUGUGUGUGUGAUGGUGAGGAGGAGCUCAGGCAGUGUGUGAGUGGGAGUCUCUGUGCUAAAGCUUUUCCAGGAGACUCAGUGUUUCUGUGUAUCUGGACGACGGCUACAUCCACGCAGGUCACAUGAGUGCGAGAGGCGACAUCUAGGACACCUUGUACUCAUCCGCCCUCUCUCUCUCUUUCUCUCUCUCUCUCUCUCUCUCUCGCAGGUCCACCUGGUCUGGUUCUGCCUCCUCUCACUGUGAAGCACUGAAAACCAGCAUCCUGCUCACAGGUGUGAAUUGGAGCUUUUCUCUCACUUCGCUCUCUUCCCCGUCACGUCGGCGCUCUAAGUGACUCCGCAGCGCAGAAACAGGCCUCCAAACACACACACACACACACACACCGCACAGCCGCCAUCGUCACCUGGAGGCCAUCACUAUCUGGACAGCAGUAAGGCGAAAUCUUUUCCCAUCCGCCGGUUCUGAUGGCAGACGGUCGGCAGCCUGAGGACAGCGCCUCCCAGUGGGCAUCGCCAGGUACCCAGGACCCCUCCAGUCCCGUGGGAGAGAAUGGUUUCCCGUACAGGACGUGCCAGCCUGGUGCUGCGCACGCCGCCACCGCUGCUUCCUACGCCAAAGAGAACGGCUUUAACGGAGACCUGCCCUCGGGCCAUGAAGUUACUGCAGAGCAAGUGUCUGCGCGCAUCGUGCAGGAGGUGACGGCCGAGGCGGUCGCGGUACUGAAGGGAGAGCAGGAGCUCCAUCCAGGCACAGCCGUCCGACUCUCCUCAGUGGAAGACUCGACCAAUCUGCCACCUUCUCCACCUCCAUCUCCUGCAGCCGAGCACUUUGGCCCACUGGAGCAAGAAGAGACCAUAGAGGCUCUCUCCGCAGCGGAGGAAGAUGAGAACAUUGCAGCAGCAGCAGCUUUAGAGGAGCAGGAGGAAGAGGAGGAGCAGUGGAGUGGGGAGGAGCCUGAGCAAGAACCCAUAUCCAAGCUCUUAGAGCAGGCAGAGGUGGUAGUCGGGGUGCAGACUUUGCCCUAUCUGCAGGCCGAGGACCAAGCACUUACUGCUGGCCCCGGAGCUCCUAACGGGAGCACUGAGGAGGCAGGGAGGGGCGAGUGCCCUGAGAAAGCUGUGAAGAUGGAUGCAGAAAAGCCAUGUGGAGAGAGGACUGCACCGGUCAGCAUGGACUUCACUCAGUCAGAGGUGCACCCAGAGGAUCUCGCCUCUUACCAGAGUGUUGUUCCUCACAAAGAAAUUCCAGAUACAUCAUUACCCAGCCUAAGUGACAUGGAGGCUUUUGCCGUUUCCCCAAAUGGUCAGAGCCAUGCCAAAGAGCCCAUGGUGAAUCCUGGUCAAAAGCCUGACUCACCACCGAAUAUUGAGAAGCAACCUUCUACAGAUGCAGUUUCUUCAGACCCGAAUAACUCUCAAACACAUGGGAAGCAAUUACUAGAAGUGGAAUUCACAUCUACUGUAGACAAGCAGAUAGAUGUUACAGUAAGUGCCAAAAGUCCAGAAGUGCCUGGAAAAGAGUCUGCCAGCUUAGAUAAACAAGGAGAAGAAAUUAUGGACAAGUCUGGAAUGUCUACUUAUUUUGAAACAACAACACUGAAAUCAGAGGAGACGAGGGGACAAGGUGAAGGUUACUAUGAGCUUAGUACUGCAUCAGAUGAGACAGAGUCUGCCUCUGCCAUUUCCUCAGUUCCAGAAAUUAGCUACAGUACCCUGGCUCAAUCUCAGUCUAUAGAUGAAAAACCUGAAAGUCAAAAGGGUACUGAAGAGCAACAAAAGGUCCUCCCGUCAUCUGAAAAAAGAGAUGAUUGCAGGCUCUCACCUGGAAAGUUGGCCUUGGAGCAAAGAAGUUAUUCCCUGAAUAUCACCAUUGGAGCUGUGGAUCAGAGUGGAGGUCAAGGACGACCCAGAAACUUCUCCCCAUUAGCAACUGACAUCAUGUCUUAUACUAGUGGAAGCCUUGAUGAAUCUGCUGACUACCUUCCUGUCACAACUCCAUCAGUGGAGAAACUCCCCUCUUUCCCACCACUGAUCGUGGAGACAUCAGCCUCUGUCACCACUCCAUCAGCUUCUCCACCACAUGACACAGUAGCUGAUAUCAAGACUCCAAGUCCACAGCCUGAAUCCCCAGGUUCUCCCUUUGCUAAUAGGUUUAGCUAUAAAAAUGGUGCUGUGAUGGCGCAAGAUCUGCCUGAAAUGCUAGAUUUAGCAGGUACUCAUACAAGACUAAUGUCCGAUAACACUGAUUCUGAAAUUAUAAGAAGGAAGUCAGUUCCCGCUGACAUGCCAGCCCUUGUGAGUGACUCCUUAGCCCACUUGUUUCAGGGUCAGCGAGGUGCAAAAAGUGAGACUCAAUUGGAAGAACAUGGAUACUGUGUUUUUAGUGAGUACUCCGGCCCCAUGCCAUCUCCAGCAGAUGUUCACAGUCCAUUGGAUUCUCCACCAACACAAAUCUUCAACAGAAUGAUAUCAGAGGAGAAAGAGACAAUUCCUGCUGCAAGUGGACAGGAAAGCCCAUCCAAUCAAGUUCUAAAAGAAGACACUCUUCCAGUCACAGAGGAAGAAAGUGAUACAAGAGAAAAAACAUGCAAGUAUAAUAGUGCUGGGGCAGAGCAGCCAAACCAACAAGUUGAAACUUUUCCCACUCCAACUGUUACUGUUACUUUGGAAGGAGUGAAGACUGACCUUGAUGCAGAGGCCAAGCUUGCAGCUGAAGAGGCGGAAAUAGCCGAUUACGAGAGACAAAUUCGCAAGCUGGAAAUGGAAGACAGGCCUUUAAGUGUUGAGGAGGAGAGGGAGCUCCAGGAGCUACGAGAGAAAGUAAAGAAUAAGCCAGAUUUGGUGCACCAGGAAGCCUAUGAGGAGAUAGAUGCCGAGGAUGUGUACCAGCUCACUGGAGUUGCCAAGGACAGGAUUGCUAGACCAAUAAGACCAUCACCAACAUCUUCAGUGGAGAGUGCUACCGAAGAAGAAAAAGUGCACGUUGACACAGAGAAACCUAAACCAGCACAACAUGGUCAGAAAGAAGAGCCUGUGAAAUUGUCUCCUGUUAAAUCUGUUGAGAAACCAAGUAAAGAUGAUAAUCUCCUAGAGGAACCUGGCAAGGAGAAGGAGACAGAAAAACAGCAGUUGGAAAUUGCAAAGGCGGAUGAGGCUUCAGUUUACACCUCAGUGGCACAAAGUGCAGAAGAAGAAAUAGAACUAGCUGAGGAGCCUAAGGAGUACAUGCAGGAAGAAAAAGCAGACAAGCCUUCAGGUUUGCCAAAUGUGCCUGAGAUACCAGAGAAGGUUGAACCACAGAGGACUGAAAUAGUUACGUUUGAAGUAAAACAGAGUGAAACAGAAGAGCCCAGAAUUGUUGAGAAACAUGAAGCGCCCAAAAGUGUUGAGAAAGAUGAUGAGUGCAAAGUUGUUGAGAAACAUGAGGAGCCCAAAAGUGUUGAGAAACAUGAAGAGCCCAAAGGUGUUGAGAAACAUGAAGAGCCCAAAGGUGUUGAGAAAGAUGAAGAGCGCAAAGUUGUUGAGAAACAUGAGGAGCCCAAAAGUGUUGAGAAACAUGAAGAGCCCAAAGGUGUUGAGAAAGAUGAAGAGCGCAAAGUUGUUGAGAAACAUGAGGAGCCCAAAAGUGUUGAGAAACAUGAAGAGCCCAAAGGGGUUGAGAAAGAUGAAGAGCGCAAAGUUGUUGAGAAACAUGAGGAGCCCAAAAGUGUUGAGAAACAUGAAGAGCCCAAAGGUGUUGAGAAAGAUGAAGAGCGCAAAGUUGUUGAGAAACAUGAGGAGCCCAAAAGUGUUGAGAAAGAUGAAGAGCACAAAGUUGUUGAGAAACAUGAGGAGCCCAAAAGUGUUGAGAAAGAUGAAGAGCACAAAGUUGUUGAGAAACAUGAAGAGCCCAGAGUUGUGGAGAAAAAUGAAGAGCCCAUAGUUGUGGAUAAAGAUGAAGAGCCCAAAGUUGUUGAGAAACAUGAAGAGGCUACAGUUUUGGAAGAAGAUGAACAGCCCAAAGUUGUUGAGAAACACGAAGAACACAAAGUUGUUGAGAAACAUGAAGAGCCCAAAGUUGUUGAGAAACAUGAGGAGCCCAAAGUUGUUGGGAAAGAUGAAGAGCCUAGUGUUGGGAAAGAUGAAGGGCCCAGUGUUGUUGAGAAAGGUGAAGAGCCCAAAACUGUUGAGAAGGAUGAAGAGUCCAAGGUUGUUGAGAAAGAUGACGAGCCCAGAGUUGUUGAGAAAGAUGAAGAGUCUAAAAUUGUUACACGAGACAACAAGCCUGAAGUUGUUGAGAAAGAUGAAGAGUCUAAAAUUGUUACAAGAGACAAGCCUGAAGUUGUUGAGAAACAUGAAGAAACUGGACUUGUUGAGAAAGAUGAAGAGACCAGAGUUGUUGAGAAAGAUGUUGAGGAAGAGCAUGAUGAAUUGGAAGGGGCAGGGGCAGUAGUACAAGAAACCAUAGAGCCCCGAGCUGCCAUUGAGUCCGUUGUAACAGUGGAAGAUGACUUCAUCACUGUGGUCCAGACCAUUGAUGAACGAGAGGGACCUGGGCACAGCGUACGGUUUUCCACUCCUCCUGAAGAAGAACCACCUCAGAUGCUUCAAGAUGAAGAGGAGGAAGAAGAUUCUAUUGAAAUGGCUCAAGAAGCAGAGAUAGAGGCUGCUAGCCUGGAGGAAGUCCAGGAUGUUCCAGAAGCUGUACAGGCCCCUGUCUGUCCUCCUAAGGAGGUUCCAGAGAGCGAGGGUCCCACUGAGAGCUACGAUGACUACAAGGAUGAGACCACUAUUGAUGACUCCAUUUUAGACAGCUCCUGGAUGGAUACUCAAGAUGAUGAUAAGAGCAUGGCCACAGAGAAAAUUGAGGCUCUUCCGAGAAUGGCAAGCCCUGCCAAGAAGAUCUCUACUGAGAAGCUGGUCAAACAGAAGGGUAAAGCAGGCAGAGUCAAAGGCCGAGUUUCCACUCCGGAACGCAAACCUUUCUGGAAAGAUCCAGGACCAGUCCAGAAAGAGGAGCUGAAGAAGAAAAAAGCUGUGAUUAAGAAGGUUGAGGUCACAAAAAAAUCUGAAAAUCAGAGCCGCUCUCCCUCCAGGAAGAGUGGUUUAAAGGCCGCCGUAAGGCACCCUAGAGCUACCCAACAUCACAUCUGUGCUAAGCGGAAACCCACAGUAUCAGCAGAUGGACGGCUGCCGUUCAGCUCGGUGCGACACUCCAGAGACCGGGCAUCCACCCCCAGCCCAACAUCACUAACAAAGAUUCCCACCUGUAAAACGCGGUCGUCGGCUCUUCCCCAGCCCCGCCCUAACUCCACCUGCUCCUACAAUAAAACAAGCUCAUUGGUGGAGGCCGAUGGGCCCCGCCCAUUCUCAGCAGACUUUCAAGAUUCCCUCUCAAUUAACAGGAAUUUAGAAAAGGACGGAGGAUCUCGGAGCCCGGAGAAGAGGUCGUCUCUGCCUCGGCCGGCCUCCAUCCUGACACGGCGCGUACACACCGGCGAACACGAUGAGAGCUCCACCUCCAUCACGAGCUCUGGAUCGACAGCACCACGCAGGCCCACGUCGUUCCGUACUGAAGUCAGAGCUGAACACAGGACAGGUCGAUCUGCCAGUAUGACAGGCACAGAGUCGCACCGUUCCCGCUCUGCUCGCUCCGGCACCUCCACUCCCCGUACUCCCGGCUCCACGGCCAUCACUCCCGGCACUCCUCCCAGCGCAUCCUGUCGCACCCCAGGCACCCCGCGCACCCCGGGCACCCCCAAAUCCCUCAGCCUGCUCUCACAGGAGAAGAAGGUGGCCGUCAUUCGUACGCCCCCGAAAUCUCCCGCCACGGCGGCCAAGCAGCUGCGUGUCAUCAACCAGCCCAUGCCUGACUUCAAGAACAUCAAAUCCAAGGUCGGCUCCACGGAAAACAUCAAGUACCAGCCGAAAGGAGGACAGAUUCAGAUUCAAACGAAGAAGCUCGAUCUCAGUCAUGUGACCUCCAAGUGUGGCUCGCUGGACAACAUCCACCACAAGCCAGGUGGCGGUAACGUGCGCAUUGAGAGCGUAAAACUGGGCUUUAAGGAUAAAGCCCAGGCUAAAAUUGGCUCUUUGGAUAAUGCCCAUCAUGUACCAGGAGGAGGCAAUGUGAUGAUCGAGAGCCACAAGCUGGCGUUCCGUGAGUCAGCGAAGGCUCGCGUGGAUCACGGCGCUGAGAUCGUCACUCAGUCUCCGGGUAUGUCUCCUCACCACAUGUCGUCCUCCGGCAGCAUCAACCUGCUCGAGUCCCCACAGCUGGCCACGCUCGCCGAGGAUGUCACAGCUGCUCUCGCCAAGCAGGGACUCUAAACAGAAAACAAAAGAAGACCUUCACCAUCCUCUAUAACGCCCAGCUACGUCAUCAGCUACACCCAGCUAUAUAUAAAUAUAUAUAUAUAUAUACAGCAAUCCCCUCUAGUGGUGUCGUAGUAGUGGCUAACGACCCUCUGAACGUUUCUGGGACACCGCAUUUCCCCUCCGACACAUCGAACCUCAUCCAUAUCACAGUCGUUAUCUGUCGCCGGAACGAGAGCAGCCACCCGGAGCUGGAGCGGACUUUAUGACGGGAGGAGGAGAAAUCGGUGGAAAAAAAAUAAAGAAUUGUUUGUUGGAUUUUUAUUCCUAUUUUAUGCUAUUUGAAUCAUUUUUAUUCUAGGAUUCCAGUUAAUUAGCUAGAAAGGUACCAGUGCAUUGAUCUCCCUGUAUGCUGUGUGAUUUUCUUUUUUUUUUUCCCCUAUCUAUCUUUCUCUUCUCUCUCUCGCUCUCUUUUUUUUUUUUCUUUUUUUUUUUCCUUCUAAAUUACGAUGGUGUACAGACGCUGAUCAGGUUCCGAUCAGGUUUAGUGUUCGGAAAAGGACGGAGAAUGAUUUGGGGCAGCUGUUUCCUCCUCGUUCUUUUGCGCAGAGCCAGUGCAUGGAGUCCAAACCCCGCCUCCCAGAACAAAAAUAAUAAUAACAACAAUAACAAUAAUAAUAAUAAUAAUAAUUCGCCCACCCGACCAACAAAAUGAUAUACAGUGUGUAUUAAUAUAUAAGUAAAAUGACACCGAUUAUUUCUCAACAGCAUCUCUUGAUUAGAAACCAAUAAUAAUAAUAAUAAUAAUAAUAAUUCUUCAAUAUCAUAAUAUCUGUACAAACACUUUAUUGCAAAUGAAAAAAAAAAGGAAACAACGAUGCGCAUGUGUCAAUUCUAGUAUUUAAAAAAAAAAAGACCUGUUUUCUAUUUGAAAAAACGGAUUUAGUAAGUUCUUUGCUGAGUCAUUGGGUAAAACGAUCACUACAUGUUUUUAGCUAUUAAUCAUGACAAUGUUAUGCUUGUUUGAUCAUUUGAAAUGACUGCGUUGGCUUUGCCCAGGGGUCCAGGCAUCAGACACACACCUUACAGUACGUCUGCAGGUAAAGGAACACUCCGGCGUUUUUCAACCUCAUCUCUAUCUACCGCGUCUGUAGUGUGCAUGUGGUUACUACAGACAGGAAUUUCACCGCGGUGUGUUUUCUCUUUACUCCAAACCUACUCCUAAUAGAAGUCUAACGGCAGGUGUUGAGAUAAUUCAGAUAAUAAACAUUUCAAUUACGUCUCCAUAUGACGUGAUGGAUAACGUGAAAACUACAACGAUAGUUGUAACAAAAUAGUAGUUCCGGUUAGGUUUCGUGGUUUCCUUGAGUAGUCCCGAUCUCCGAAAGGAUGAAUCAUGCAUAUUAUUAUUAUUAUUAUUAUUAUUAUUAUUAUAAUCAUCCGAUAUUCGUCACACACAGUGUAUACGCAAGGAAGCGACAAAUCUACAGCCGAUUAUUUCUCGAUGCACAGAGCUGCGAUUUCCAGCGGCGGCGAUUAAGAAACUUUCCGAUCGAGAUUUCCUUCAUCCGUGCAGAUCAGGUACGACGCAGUAAACCGAUAAAUCCAAACCGUUCUUUUAGUUCAACCCUGUGGCGCGUGUGGUCCGACUCGCAACUUGACUCCCUAGCCGUAAUUCGUCCCCGUUUACUGUACCAGUCCGUUCCCAUUGAAGACGAAACCUGUAGUCGUGGUUUCCUCGUACGAUGCGAUACGAUUCGACCUCUCUUUAAACGUGUAUAGCGACAUCAUGAGGAAAGAUCAAGCUUGGAAAGAGAUCGUUAGUGCCUCAGGCGAGCGUACGCGACUAGUACAGCUAGCACGCUCUGCUAACUUCCGAACGAAUCGGAUACGAAUCCUGAUGAAAGAGUAAAUUCGGUCGAUGUAUAGCUGUAUAGCUAUAUACACUGUAUAGUUACGACCAUUUCUGAUCGGACGUAACCUAAUAAAGGAGACGAACUACAAGCGACACACACGGUUAAUCGCUCCAGGGUGUUUGGAUCCACCACGACGCUGAUCGAGAAGAAUUCAUCGAUGAAUAAAAAUUUGAGCGCAUCUUUACGUGUAAAAAAAAAUAAAAAAAAUCCGUCUGGAGAAUCCGUGAAAGCGCCGCAUUAAGAAAGAUGCAGCUUAUAACAUCUGAUAAAGACAUCUGUUAGAAGUACGUUUUAAGGUUGUUUUUCCCCGUGUCGUUUUUGCAUGUAGUAAUCACACGUACGGUACACAUGUGGUAGACAGAGUUGAGGUUGGAAAUCAAACUGAUCGUCUCUUAUUCCUUUAAGAGAAAGAUGAUCACGCCUGAUUUGGAUCGCGGUUUAAUAUUACGACGGACAAGCUACAUCAAUGUCUCUCCUAGCUUAGUGCAGAUUAUUGGAAAGUCAUGAUCGUGUAUUAUAAUCACUGCUGUCCCUGUACACCACGGUGCAGUCGUUGCCUCUGGGCAUGUGUUUGUCCGAGAAAGCUUUUUGCUUGUUAUUUUAUUAUCCGCUGUAUGGAGCAUAAACUCGGGACUCUCAGUCACACUCUCUGUACUUCUGCCGUGUUCUUCUUAGAUACUUAGGUUUGUUUUACACGUAAUUGUAGGAGGUGGAAAUAAAGAGACGAAACAAACGAAUUAAAAAAAAAAAAAAAAAAACAGUACAAAAAUAAUGUUUAAAAAAAUGUCAAAAAAAAACAAAAACCAAAACAUUUAUGAGAAAACUCACCUUGCACAUGUUUGAAGUGCUCCAGUAUCUUUUUUCUGUCGUCAUUUGUGGUAUCCCGUGUCCCCGCCCACUUCUCCGUUUUUUGGCUUCUGUAUUUUUCUGCACCCUGUUUGCCCUUUUGCUCACUUCCACAGCAAACUGUAAAUCUAUUUAAAAGGUCCUGUAGAUGUAUGCAGUUUUUCUCCUGUUGAUAUGACGCUGAUUACAAAUGCUCUUAACAGCUACGAAAAUAAAGAAAAUGGACGAAAGCGA